AUGGCACCCAACGUCGAAAAUGCGCAAGCGAACCCGAACCAGAAGACGCUACAUGUCUGGUCAAAAGCUAUAGAAGAGCCCGACGAGUCGCAAAGCCAAGGAGCCGACAAGAAGGCGAAUAGUGCUAGGCCGACUAUUUCGGGUGCAGUCAGUAUGAUAAAGACGGAGGAUUUCACCAAUGUCCACAAUACACCCUGCGCCCGGCAAGGAUUCCUGACUGGCAUCGCCGCCGGCACCGGUAUUGGCGGAUUGAGAUUCGUCCUGAGUGGCAAUGCUGUUAAAGCGGCAAACUGGGCUGUCGGCAUGUUUAUACUAGGAAGCACGGCAUCGUACGAGUACUGCCAGUACCUCCGACGAGCUGAGCGAAUACAGAUGAAGCGUCACAUUGAAGUGGUUUCAGAAAACAGGAGAGAGCAGGCUAGAAAGGCGGACAAGGAGAAAAAGGAGCAGAUGCGGUUGGAACAAGAGCGGAUAGCGGCGCAGAGGCCUUGGUACAAGUUUUGGUGA